CGCGCCGUUUUACUUUCUUAUGUCUUUGUUAUUUUAGCUAAUUGUUUUUGCCCGGAACAUCUUGAGGGGGAAGGGUGAAGAGGUCCGUUUAUUUGAUUUCGUGUUUGUGUGUGCGCUCUCUCUCUCUCCAUGCGACGAGAACGGUGUUCCCCGGUACUGUCGCAAUUCCCUGUCCGGUGUGUCACGCUUGGCGUGUAACAAACGACUUCCGAUCUUGACAGAGGAAAAUUGCUUGCAAGCUCAUUGGAUUGUGGGAAUGGCGAUCUUUGUCGCUGGUAGUAAAAUGUCGCUUACCUGGAGCCAGAUGGUGGCUGCAUUCUUCUUGACUUCCCUUUGUACAGGAUUCUGCUACCCUGAGAGUUCUGGGACUGAGUUUGUAACAGCCUUCAUGGAGAACAUAGCUUAUUACUACAGAAGUUCUCCCACCCUCAAACUCCACAUUUCUGCCCUGAGAAAAGGCACACAGGUCAACGUCAGUGUGGUGGACCAAACCUUUAAGGCAACCUUUACGAUGUCAGCUGGGCAGACAAAAGAGUUGAUCCUCCCCAGCGUGUUGGAGCUGGACAAGUUUAACACUUCCUACAAGACAGUUCGUGUGACUAGCAGCUCCCCGGUGACCGUCUUCUCCGUCAAUCAGAAGUUCACAAGCUUUGACACCGGCAUGGUUCAGCCUGUGCAGAAUCUGGGUACAGAGUACCGUCUGGCCUCCCCAGCAGAUCCUACAGACCACUUAUAUCAGUUUGUCGUCAUCAACGCCCAGGUUGCCAACACGGUCACAGUUUCCCAGCCAUCCCAGGAACCGCUCACAGUCACCCUCGGCCCAUAUGAAAAUGCUAAGUUCCAAAGUCCGAAAUACCCUGUGUCCACACUGGUGACCGCCCAAACCCCAGUAGCUGUGCUGUUUGGGCACCCCUGCGUUGUGAAACCCCAGUGCCAGUGUGGCCUGGUGUUUGAGCAGCUAACCCCCGUUUCCAGCUGGGGGAGAACCUUCAUCGUGCCGUCCCUCUCCGUAGCAGACGCAAAAAUUAAACAGACCAUUCUGCUAGUGAAGUCUGACGGCACUGGUCCAGAAAGCAUUCUGCCCUCCGAGUACCUGGCUCCUCCAAAUUCCAAAGUACCAACACUGAUGGACACCUCCCUCUACAUCCAGGCUCCGAUGCCAGUUUCUAUCAGUCUGUUGGAUUUUGGUGUCAUGGCUUUGAUACCAGUGGAACGUUUUUCCACCUGUUACCUGGUACACACCUUUUCAUGGACGCAAAACUUUCUCCUGAUAGUAGUGAAAACUGCUGACAAGGAGGGGGUUCGCCUAGGGGAGCAGCCACUUUCUCCAGGUGUGACCUGGGUCCCAGUGAGAAACUCUGACUACUCCGUGGCGCUAGUCGACCUGCGGUCUAUGAGCAUGCACCGUGUCGUCUGGCACCUGACUUCCAAGAUGGGCGUCUACAUUAUUGGGAAACAGUCAUGGUUUAUGGGUUUAUUUGGGAGCCCAGCUCUGAGCCUGAAAGUGGAACCAGAUGGUCGUAAGUGCCGGCUAUACGUGGGUGUACUGGACCUGGUGCAGGAGGAGAAGAGCUGGGCAGAUGCACAGGCCCACUGCAGGAACCUCAACAGCCAGCUGGCAAGUCUCGAUGGAGAGGAAUUCCUGCUGUAUGCUGGCCGGGAGCUGAAUGGGACCCAGCAAAGUGCAGUCUGGGUGGGCUUGCGCAAGGGCAUUCUGUCCGAAAAGUGGGGCUGGCUCAACAGGGAGCCAAUGGAAUACACUAAAUGGGGAUCAGGCCAACCAAAUAGCUCCCUGUAUGCCCAGUGUGGCAUGAUGUCUGUGGAAAAUCUCACCUGUAGCGCUGUGAGCUGCUGUGACCAACUGCCUUCCAUCUGCUUUGAGCCUGGGCGUGAAGUUCCGUUUCCAUAGCGCCCUUAAUCCAGUGGUCACCAACCCUGUUCCUGGAAAUCUACCCUGCUGUAUGUUUUCAUCUCAACCCAAAUUUGGCACACC